UAACCAGAGGCGAUGGGCUGCGUUCAAAGCUUCAGAGAACUGUGUGACCGUCAAAAAAAUACUAAUGUUCGCCUGAGUCUUCCAGCAGUUUGCAUCGUGUGGCAAACGGCCAUGAUCAUCCUGUUCGGGGUUUUUAUCCGUUACAAUGAAGAAUCGGACACACACUGGAUAGAGCACCGAAAAGCUAACAAUAUAUCAAGUGACAUUGAGAACGACUUCUACUUCAGAUACCCAAGUUUUCAGGAUGUCCACGUGAUGAUCUUCGUCGGAUUUGGCUUCCUGAUGACGUUCCUGAAGCGGUACAGCUUCGGUGCUGUCGGUUUCAACUUCCUCAUCGCAGCCUUCGGCCUCCAGUGGGCGCUGCUGAUGCAAGGCUGGUUCCACUCCCUGGACUACACGGAUGGAAAGAUCAAAAUAGGAAUUGAAAACCUGAUCAACGCUGACUUCUGUGUGGCCGGAUGCUUAAUCGCCUACGGGGCGGUGCUGGGUAAAGUCAGUCCGGUCCAGCUGAUGGUUAUGACUCUGUUUGGGAUCACGUUGUUUGCUGUGGAGGAAUAUAUUAUCCUGAACCUCAUUCAUGCCAGAGAUGCUGGAGGCUCCAUGGUGAUCCACACAUUUGGAGGUUAUUACGGUCUUUCCAUCUCGUGGAUGCUCUAUCGGCCGAACCUGGACCAGAGCAGUCGCCUGCAGGGCUCCUGCUACCACUCGGAUGUCUUUGCAAUGAUUGGCACCCUCUUCCUGUGGAUGUUCUGGCCCAGCUUCAACUCAGCCAUCACAGACCACGGGGACGGGCAGCACAGAGCCGUCAUCAACACCUACCUGGCUUUGGCCGCGACUGUGCUCACCACUGUGGCCAUCUCGAGCCUCUUCCAGAAGCACGGCAAACUAGACAUGGUUCACAUCCAGAACUCCACUCUUGCCGGAGGCGUCGCAGUGGGAACUGCUGCAGAGUUCAUGCUGAUGCCUUAUGGGUCUCUGAUCGUUGGCUUCUGCUGUGGUACCAUCUCCACACUGGGAUAUAUCUACCUCACGCCGUUCAUGGAGAAGUACCUGAAGAUCCAGGACACAUGUGGAAUCCAUAACCUGCAUGCCAUGCCGGGGGUCAUAGGUGGAAUUGUGGGGGCCAUUACUGCCGCAGCCGCAACAGAGUCAGUCUACGGCAAGGAAGGGCUGAUCAACACCUUCGACUUUGAGGGUGCUUUCAAAGACAUGGUGCCCAUGCGGCAGGGUGGCCACCAGGCUGCAGGCCUCUGCGUGGCUAUCUGCUUUGGUGUAGGCGGAGGCAUCCUAGUCGGCUGUAUCUUAAGGUUACCUAUCUGGGGAGACGCAGCAGAUGACAACUGUUUUGAUGACGAGCCGUACUGGGAGCUACCUGAUGAUGAAGAGAGCGUCCCACCGAUCCUUCAGUACAACAACCACAUGCGGAACAAAGAUGUAGAGGAUUCAAAUUUCACCAUGGAGGCCGUGAGGACUUGAUCCUGGUGGCUCCCUGUUUUCUACACACGUGAUCCGUUUGUUCCUUUUUAUUCUCCUGCUGGACAAAAAAAUAUUCAUCUCAUGCAAUUAAUUGCCCGCCAAUCAAAACCAGUUAUUUUUUUCAUACAGUAAAUUAAUUUGCCUAGAAUCUAGCCUUGAUAUCUGUUUGUUCGUCUCAAUUGAAAAAUUAAAUAUGAGCAGAGUAUUAGUUUUUUUCUGUUUUCUAAUAUAUUUAUUUUCAGAUUAAAUCGGUUAAUAUUCAAUCAAAUAUUUAUAUAAAUAUUCUAUUAAAUAUGUGACAUCAUCGUCGUUUAUAGGUGGAGUGUUUUCCCUUGUUUCACAAAUGAGAAAACUUUAUCUUGUUUCACAUAAAACAAGAUAUAAUGGAGUUAAAUAUGGUAUAAAUCCAUUAUAUGGCAACACGGUCCCUUUAGGCAGUUGAGGGCAAAAUAUUAUAAAAUGACAUUUGCUUCAGACCCGGUUGAGUUGCACUGUGAAGAUUUUCCGCUGGAGCUUUUUUUUACAUCCUGUAUUUUUCUUGAUUUCACGUUUUCACGCUGUGUGUCACGUUGCCAUUAGAUGCAUUAACACCAGAACUUUACUGAUUAUUUAGUGUGUCUUCAUGGAGAACUUUUAUAUUGAGAGUUAUGAUUAUGGACUUUUAAUAAUAAGAGCUGUGACUGAAGUUAUGCUGUGACAUUUAAAAAAAAAAAAAAAAAGGAAAAAAAAGGAUGUUUAUCAACACUUUACUUUAACCCUGCUCUCUGAGAAUUCAUGCACUUCAUAAGGACUUGAUAAAUGGUUUGUAAGACACUAUAAUGUGUUAGUAAGAGCAAAAACACUUAGUUAUAGUGCUGAGAAAUACACUGAAACUACAAACAAGUGUUUUAUAAACCACCUCUUCAAUAUUUAGAUAUUAAUCAUAAAUGCUAAAAAAAAAAAAAAGGGU